AUGUCUGUGGCAAAGAACGCGGAAGAUGAUCUGAGGGAUUCCAUGAGCGCUUUUUAUUCUAUGUUGAAAAUAACCGGUGCCUGUCCUAAUCCUAACAAAUCCUCCUUGUCCUCGGUAAUCCUAAAAACCUGUAUUAUCUUUAUAUCUUAUUUUGUGCAAUUGGUGACGCUGGUCCCGAGCGUUCUAUACGCAUUUGCGAAGGAGGACAAUGGCAGGAGACGGAUAAAACUGCUCACGCCUCAGAUCAACAAUUUGUGCCAGCUGAUCAAGUACACCAUACUGUUUCGUCGGAUGAACGAAUUUAGAGAAAUGAUGGAGGAGAUAAGAAACUGCUGGUUGAACGCAACCGAUGAAAAUCGACGAAUCUUUCGUACGAACGCAAUGAUCGGACGGAAAGCGGUAAUAGGAGUAGGAGUUACCAUGUUCAGUGGCGGUCUGUCUUAUCGAAUACUCAUUCCGAUUCUAAAAGGGAAACUCGUGCUACCAAACAACACCACCAUAAGGAUAUUAGCCUGUCCAGGUUAUUUUGUGUUCUUCGACGAACAGAUUACGCCAAAUUACGAAAUAAUCUAUGUCCUGCAAAUUUUCGGCGGAUUCUUCACUUAUUCGGUUCAGUGCGCCACUAUGGGAGUUUACGCGAUGCUCUGUUUGCACACGUGUAGCUUAAUGAGAACCCUGACGAACAAGAUGAAAGAGCUUUCCGAUCAACCUGACAUAAGCGACAGUGCCGUGCAGGAAAAGAUCGCGGACAUCGUUGAGCAUCGAACAAUGAUCAAACGGUGA